AUGCAACCCUGUCCGAAUGUGUCCAAACCAGCCAGUUUGAGGCCACCAAGUUCAGUGAGCUUAUUGGCCGAACAAUUAAAAUCAUCUAGUCUGAAUGAAGCGAACCCCGGGGUCGGUUCCGUUUGGUGGUCUCAGUCUCAUGCAGACGGUUUUGUCGGUGUGCUGGCCGAUGCCCCGGUUCCCAUGUCCUGUGAUGUAUGCGACUCGGGGACCGUGCACGAGCACCCGAGGUCGCAUGGGAAUGGUCGUUGUUGUGUACUGUGCAUGUCCAGUAUCGGUGGUUCGGAACUGCCGUUACGUCCCGGUGAUACAAACAGCAGCACACGACCGACCAACUUAGUCCCGCGUGUUCCCGCCGCUCUGAGCACGAAUGGCACAACUGGAGAACUAUUUGGCACUAGUCCGUAUGCACCAAGCUCGGUGUCCAGUCAGGGUCAGUCGGAACCGGAAGAAGAGGAAAUGGAUUCAUAUUCUGAUCACUCUCAACUCUGUUGUCUGUUCCGGUCUUAUGUUGGCUCCACCGUGGAUCGUGAAAUUGUCCCCGUCGCAAUUUUUUUUCUCACCAGUGCAACCAAUCCGCGAUGCUCGCAUCUCUCGAAAAAUUCGGCGAGCGCGCCGACCACCGCACCGGUAUACACUCCGUACCACAACAAUCACAAUCCCAUUAACAACACAUCCACCUCUCGGUCCUCUUUGGCUUUCAAUACGACUUGCGUUGGCACUUCGUUCAUCCCGUCUUUCAACGUAUCCCCGUCCAAUCAGAACCGUCUAUCCCUGGACAAAACAGCUCUUUGGUCUAUCACUACUCCGUGCUCGUGUCAGGCUCACCUGCUACCGGCCAAACGUGCUUGUCGUUCUUUGAGUGCAUCUGCCUCAGCACAGCAACAACACCAACAAUUGCAUUCGCAUCACAACCAUGCGACAUUUUAUCUUUGUGGCCAGACAAGAUCAAACAGACACUCACAACUGAUUGAAGCACACCUGUUCGAGUCGCAUUUUAGCACAUUACCUCGUCCAAUCGCGAUUCGACCGACACCAACCUCGAAGUCAGCGAGUACGGAGCAAUCAAGCAACACGGACCAAUUGUCUGUUGGUGGCAUAAAUGGAUCGAAAUCCAACUCCAGUGGUGUGAUGCUACGCGCUUCCAAACAACGCGAGUACUGUUACGGGUCUCGGCUUAGUUGGCACCAUCCGGUCUUCUCGUCCGGUCUCGGUGCCAAAGCUCAGCAUCCAAGCUACGGAGUACAUUUUGCCUGUUCGUCUCAUUCCUGCACAGCCGCCACUCGAGCCACCACGGUAUCAACCGCUGGUGCCAGUAUGAUGAUGGCCUCAGGUGAUGGACCGGGGAACGCCGCCGGAUCGCAGCCCCCCUGUUCGGGUGAUAUGUGUUCCGGUCGGAUGUGCAAGCAACGCGUGAACGAGAGUAUGACCUGUGCCAGUUGUAUCUUUCCUAACUCUCCGCGUGCGUGUUCAGGCAUAUGGUAA